UCUCUUGGUUACCGAUUCGAAAAGAUCGCCUUAAUGGAUUUGCUGUUCCUCAGCAGGCGCAUUUAUCUGGGCGAUGGCAGCCACGAGGCGCCCCUCCACGGUGGCAUUGUUGUGGACACCCAAGGAAUCGUUCGACGCGUCCUACGCACAUCGCAGGAAGUGAACAGCUACCUGUACAACACGGAAUCGGAGGCUGUUUAUGAUUUUGGGGAUCUGGUGCUGAUGCCGGGACUAAUCGAUGCGAAUGUGCAUAUUAAUGAGCCCGGCCGCAAGGACUGGGAGGGAUUUGUGUCGGCUACUAAGGCGGCUGCUGCCGGCGGCUUCACCACAAUCAUCGAUCGACCCACCAAUGCCACGCCAACCACUUGUAGCGUGCAGGCGCUAAAAGCAAAGACGUCAACUGCCCGUGGCAAGAUUUACAUAGAUGUUGGCUUCUGGGGCGGCCUGGUGCCCGGCAAUGGGGAUCAGCUGGCGCCGCUGCUCGCCGCCGGCGUAAUCGGACUCCAGUGUACACUCUGUGGCAGCGCCCCGCCCGUCAGCGAUGAGUUUGCGGCCAUCAGCGAGCCGCAGCUAACAGAUGCGCUCAAGCAGCUCAAUGAUCAAGAAAUCGAGGCAGUUAUAGCGUUUCACGCAGAGUUGCCAGAGUUGCGGCAGGUGACAGUGUUGCCGGAUGAGUCCUCAUCGAAAUGUUAUGCCAAUUUUCUGGGCACCCGACCCGCCACCAUGGAAUUGGCAGCGGUGCAGUUAAUCUGCCGACUGGCCACACAGAAUCAACAGCGCCGCUUCCACAUUAUGAAUCUGAGCUGCGCGGAGGCACUGCCUCUGCUGGCGGAUUGCCGCCGACGGGGAGCGGGUGCUCAGCUGAGCGCCGAGACGUGUCCACAUUAUCUGGCACUCUGUGCCGAAGAAGUGCCCGAUUGUGGCACCGAGUUCAAGACCUGGCCGCCCAUACGAGAGCGCUCCAACCAGACAGGCCUGUGGCAGGCACUGCACCAGCCGGACGAUGGACUGCUGAUGAUCGCCAGCGAUCACUCCGCGGCCACGCCGGGCGCCCGCUGUCUAACCUAUGGUCGUGGACGUGGCAACUUUAUGAACGCCUGGCCGGGCAUCAGUUCGCUGCAGCUGAGUCUGCCCAUUGUGUGGACGCGCAGCAGACAGUACGAGGAGAACAAGGAGCAGAAGCCGCUGAGUCUGGCGGAUGUGCACCGUCUGAUGUGCUGGCAACCGGCGGAGCUAUGUGGUUUGUCCAGAUUUAAGGGACGCAUUGCCGAAGGCUAUGAUGCCGACUUCUGCAUCUGGAAUCCGGAUGAACAGUUUACCGUUACGGCCGAAGAGCUGUACACGGCCAGCAAAACGACAGCCACACCCUACGCGGGCCAAAGGCUGAACGGUGUGGUGCAUGCAACGGUGGUGCGCGGGCUCCAUGUCUAUCAGCAAUACGAAGGAUUCGGCCAACCGCUGGGCAAGGUCCUCUUGCGCAAGAGCAGCCGCAAGGUGGUCAAGUUUGUUCGGCUCUGAGACACAAAACUUUCUUAAUUAAACAAAUUGUGACUUCAA